AUGGUAGCUAAAAAACAAAAUUGGGUACUCUUUGUCCUGGCAGCUGUUUUGAUAGCUUGUCUGAUGAUAGGAAUAUUUAUGGUCCUUAGAGUCAAAGCCAGGGAAGAUGAAACCACUAAGAAAAUUCGCGAAGCGAUGAAGGUAGAUGAGACAGCAGUGCAUCCUAAGAAUCACGAUCUAGCAGAACAGUACGUGAACAACAUUGAUGAACUGUUGACUGUCGAAUUCGCUCAUUGGAAUAGUCAUUCUGAUGCCUUAACCAAGCUUGUGCUCUUUGCGAUCAAUCUGAUGGAAUUCGUGAUAGCUAAUGGUGAGCAGGAGAUUCCAAGCUACAUUUUAGUAGUUAGGAAAAUUAUCGAAAACCUAAAAAACGAGCUGAAGAAUAAGGCUUUUAGCAAGAGCAUUCCUUGGGGAAAUAACUGGUUUCCAUUUUCAGUCUACGUCACCCGGCUGUUUAUUUUGUUCCAGUAUUUCGGAAACGACACGUCCCUUGGGUACGAGUGUCAUAAGCAGAUCAUCAGAAUCAUUCCUGAGAUAGGAAUAUCACUGAGGCAAAAUUUAAGACCUCAUAAAAAGCUCAAUCUGUUUUACAUGACAGUUUCGCGACUUUGUUCAAACUACAUGUUUGAUCCUAAUGGAUACGACAAUGAUCUUAAAACACGAAGAUUCAAGGAACUCCAGCAGUACUUGCUGUUUAUACCAAUGACCACUUACGUUGUCAACGAAGGGUUCUACACGGAUGAUUCUUGCAUUUACAGUGAUAAUGUCGCCUCGUAUGCUCUCCUAAGACUCUAUAACAACUUCCACGACCGCGUUUACCGCGCCUUUAGGUUCUCAACUGGGUUGGAAGAUGCUGCGAUAAGAUUGCUGCCGAAAAUCCUGCAUCCUAAGGUCCCUGCCGUACCACUUGGGCUCUUUGGACGGACUGGGCACCUUAUCAACUAUCGUGUGUACUCUUUGGCUUUCCAAAGCACUGGAAUCUUCAUCGCUCCCUUCAUUGGAUUCGGUGUCUUUAAGACUAACGAUAGUCUCUUCUACGUCCGGGUCCAGCGGCCUAAUAUUGUCGCUUACCAAAUCAAGAAAGGCGAAGGCUCCAAGGACUUGGCUCUUGGUUGGAUUCAAAUGCGCAAGAUUUACCAUCAUAGAGACACUCAACUUAAGGAUUACAAGGAAGAAAUGACCUGGAAUAGACUCAAAGAGCAACCCGGGCUGCUGAUCUUCAAGAACAAUCCACAAAGUAACUGUGAUCCUAAAAUCUUCAAGGAGGAUGAAGUUGAAGAGUUUAAUCCUUUCUGGCCCGAGCAUGUAAACUCCUUUAUUGGGCAGGUUAAUAAAAAUGAGACUGACAUGGAUAAAAAGCUCCUUUUCUGGAGAAACAGCUACACCUUUCCUAAAGCUUAUAAGAAUAAAGAAGUUGCGAUUACAGAGGUCGCCGUUGUCACUUCUAAAGGGAUCCAGGCUCAUUAUACGAUUAAUAAUCAAUCAGGUGAAGAGCUGAGGUUCAAUUACAAAGAUCCAAAGACUGAUUGGAGAGUUAUGACAGUAAAUGGCAGCAGUGUAGAUCCUUUUCAUACGGUGCCUAUUACUACAGCCAACAAUCCCUCGAAAUUUAAAUGGAAAAUGCUUACCGAAGAAAAUGAUUACGACGUUAAAUUUGAGAAUAAUGUCAUGUCCUUCAAAUUCCUUGAAAAGACUUACCAGGUAACAGUUGAAUCAGUAAAUGAGUCUUGUAAGCUCAUAGGUGGCGCUAAACCAGAGAUAUUUUACGCAAAGCCUAUUUAA